AUUCCAUCUGAUUGACUGUACGACGAUAUUUUCCAAUUUCUCGUACCCCACAAAUUCUAUAUGUAGUUUAGAUAUUGUUCUAAUGAAAUUCAUUGGACAUCACAACGCGAUAGCUUUCGUGUCCAUCAGAUCUGUCAUCAGUCCAUCAGCAUGAGUCAACUUACCAUUGGUAACUUUAGCUUCGAAGAAUAUCUGCAAUAUGACAUGGCAAGGUCGAUUUUAACUGGGUAGUCUGGCCAAUUUAAUCUGCUACAGUAAAGAACGUAAUUAUGUCAUAUCCUCGAGCGGUUACAUCGCUCUAGAGCACAUUAUUAAUGCAUUUCCAUUUUGCUAUCCGACCUAAUAAAAAAAUAGUUAAUUUUAAUCCGUAUUGAGCGAGGCAGCAGUGGAACUGUCAAGAGCAGCAUUGUCAAUCCGACGCCUUUCUCCCAUGAGCAGUUAGCGGAUUCCCCUAUGGACUCGGUCAGUCGAUCAAGCGCAUGUUACGCGGGGCAAACGGGCGAAUCUUAACAAGGUUCUAGUGUAAAAUGCGCUAAAUAGGUCGAAAAUCGUCACCUGCACAGCGGAUAUUGUCAAAGAACAGGCCAAAGAUCCUCUACAUUUAGAUUCACCAAAGCCACCUUUGAACCCAAACAUUGCCUCAGGUUCAUUCGCUGAUCUUUGUGCCCAGUCGCUUGCUUGCGAGACAAGGUAGAACGAGCUGCUAAUACAGUUUACAAACAAAAUUGAUGCUUUCGUAAACAAAUAUGGUUUGUGCACAAACCAUACUUACUGACAUGAGCGCUAUUAUGCCAUGCUUCUUGUAGCCGGUAUUGCUCCUCUGUCUGUCUGUCUGCCUGUCUGUCCGUUCACAACACGGUACCAGCCAUGCUGUUGUUGCUGUAAUUGUUCAACGGGGGCAAACUGGUGAGGCAAACUCGAGGGCCACACCCUGACGCGACGCUUAAAAAUGCUACCACUAUAGAAGUUGAUUCGUUCGUUGAAUGAGCGGUUGAAUUAGAUCCGGAACGGGGUUUUAGCAGACUUCUACACGCAUAUUGUAUUGAAAGCACGCCACCACUGACAUAACUGCUAGAUUUUCAACUGUUCUUCUAGAUGGCUAAUCUUCGGGCCAUUAAUAAUGACAUUCAAGUCAACAACAGCGCGGACAACAACGACAAACGAUGCUCACAACGAACUUUACCCCAUCACGCUGACGUAACAUACGGGAUGGUUUGUUUAGUUGAAAUUAUUUAUGCUGCGGUAAACACUAGAUGGACAAAACCAACCGCAUCGAUGUUCGACUUUCGUGUGCUAUUCUGCUCUAGACAAACUGUGUAGCACGUGUCGAGACACGUUACAAGCAAAGAUCACACAAUAAACAGUAACACAGUAGUGUUGGGGGGUAAAAAGCACCGGAAUUUCACAUUUCAUCCGCAACGCGACAACGUUAUCAGCAGCAGCAGCAACGGGUUUUAUUCUUUUUUCAACUCUAUCAACCCUUUCUCGGGGUGCCCAAUGCUGUCAGCGUUCUUAGUUAGGUACGCACUUCACUCUCCCGGCUUGGAAGCAUCCUCGUACAGUGUCGUUGAAACAUCGGGCUGUGGGAACGCUUGUAGAGGAAAAGGAGGAGGAAUGGGGUUGUGUCCUCUGUGUAAUCGUCCCAUCCGUUAGUCGACGCGAAGAUGUUAGUGUCCAUGGUAAGGACCUGUUGAGGUUAUCGUUUCGAUCGUGCGAUAAAGUAUGUGCAAAUUUAUUAUUGGAUAAACAGUCAUUUCCACUCCGCUUCAACCGUGGACCUAAAUACGGCCCGACUGGGAUGCGCGCAAAAAGUGAGGUUGCCCGAGGCGUGCGACCUACUCAGAUAUCUAGCGUUCUAGCCCUUGCUGUGGCCAUCAGUCUGCAUCUGUUAGCCGCUCCGACGCCUGCUGCUGCCAAGGAUGCGUCGGCGGCUGCGUCGGCCAAAAAGACAGAGGUAUGGUCCAUCGGCAUCCCCAGUGCUAUGGGGCCCCUUCAGGUGGGCCCCGGCCCUAUGGUGCCCAGUCUCAAGGUUGCGGCGAGUCAUCCUUAUGAAUACCACAACUAUCCACACGGCGGUCACCCAUAUGGUGGAUAUGGCGGUGGUCAUUACGGCAGUCAUGGGGGGGGGUACAGCGGAGGGGGAUAUGGACAUGGAGGCCAUGGCGGGUACGGUCACAGCGAAUUUGAAUUCGGACAUGUUUCACCAUCUUACAAGUCUUCCCUUGGUUGUCAUCAUAAAGGAUUUGACCUCAUCCCUUGGUUUAUCAUGGCCUUAGGUGCGCUGAUACUUAUUCCUAUAUUCGGUGCACUGAUCCAGUUCAAGCUUCAGGCUCUCGCACCGUUGUUUGGCUUCCAAGGCCAAACACCCCUUGUUACAACUCAAGUCGGAGGUACCAGAACUAACAUCCAGGCACGUUUGUUAAACGAGAUUUGGCCAAUGGUCGAUAAGGCCAUCGAACAUUACACUGGAAUGGCUACAGAGGAGCUCAAAAAAGAGGCACUUCAUACCGUUAACACAAUUCAAGGUUUUCGCGCGCAAAAAAAUUCGAAAUAGGCAAGAUAGUUUCACAGCUAUCUUCGCAUUAUAAAAAAGUGGCCCAUGAAAUCUUAUCAGGACUUCAUUCCACAGAGCUAAUACAAGCAUUAUUAUAUUAACUGAAACAUAAUGGUUUACGUUCCCACGUCGUCACGACACGGCCGAACUUGGCAGCGUACUGGGGCCACUCAAAAGCUGCUUAGAGUGAAGCUAAACCGGAGCAUUUAUGCUCUGUGUUAGGAAUCGAAGGGUAAGCACUAGUCAACGCAAAGAAUGAUAAUCCACGCCCCCGGGCAAACCCAAAUAGCUAUUGUAUUGCACCAAUAGACAAAUUCAAAAUACGUCAACCUUCAAUUAGCUGUCGUUUUAUGUAAAAAAAAUACUCACGGUUAACAGCUGCUUGAUUUAGCUCAUAUUCGCCAUGCUGUCUGGGAGCUAUAUGAACUACAUUAAUUACUUCAAUAUAAUUAUUUUUCAUUAGAUGCUACUAAAUAUGUGGUGCAAUUUUAUGGUGCUCCAUAUUACCCUUUAUAAUGUUUAUAUAUAUGCGCAAAUUACAACUCGAUUGUAGGUUAUUUGCUAUCGAAUUCUAUUGGAAUAUGGGUCACGCUGAGUUUUAUGGAGCGAGAGAACAAAUGUUUUUCUCAUGCGCGUAAAAUGGUUAACACACCAUUGCGCUCAUCAUAACCACCAUCUAAUUGUCAUCAAAAUUCUGUCAUCCUCAUCAUUCUUCUAUGUUCUGUGAUUUUUCAUCGCUUACGAACCUUCGUAGAUAUCACUAAUGGUACUAAAGGUACUUUCGAAAAUCUCAAGUAACAAGUUACCUUGCCUUGGAGACCUAUCACCGUAUAGCAUAUGACAAAAAUGCUACCAAGUUAUGUAGCGUCGUAUUCUGUCGCUUGGAAUUCGAUAUUCUGGUCCUACUAGAAAAAUGCUCGUCAGUUCUGAUUUACCUAAUGGUCAUAUAAGACCAAUAAUAGGACUACUAACUUCUUCAGCUGGAAUAUCUACAGGGCAUGUCUGGUGUUGUGUCAGUUAGACAUCAGUAUGGUUCGUGCCUAAGCAAGCCGUUGAAAAGUCCCAUUAGGAGGAUGCAGAUAGAAAGCAAUCUAUUCGAAAGGUAAAUAUCGAGGCGGUCUAGGAAGUCUCAACAUCAAGUGGGUCCUGGUCUUACCUAACUAGCUUGUAUGAUGCAUAAUGCAGAAAUAAGCGUUUUUUUUUUUGAAAAAGAUUGAUUUUAGUGCAUUUUAAAUGUUACCUUCUUGUCAUGAACUAUCGUGUACAAAAUGUAAUUAACAAAUAAACGUCGAAUGAAUGCAGGCGCCAUGUUUGAUAUAGAUUAUAUAUGCCACUGGUAUAAUUAUAACGGAUACGAAAUUAUAAUUAAUAAUAAUAAUAUAAGGCUGUGAGAUUUAAUAUAUUGUUAAUGGAGAACGCUCACUACGUCACGCGAAUAUGUCAACUGAUUGUUUGGCCGAAGUACAAGGGGCAAUUUACAAAAU